AUGUCGAAACCCUUCCAAGGGCUAACGUUCUGCUGUACAGCUAUACCAAUCAAGCUACGAGAGGAUAUCUCUCAGAAGUUAACGGCCCUCGGUGGUAUUCAUUACAGCGAUUUGAUGAGUGAUGUGAAUUAUCUCAUAGUUGGCGAUAGAAAGACUGAAAAGUACAUAUACUGUGUUCAGAAUAGAUUUGAUGUGAAGUUCUUGAAACCGGAUGCAAUAUUGAAAAUAUACGACCACUGGAUCAACGGCGAAGAUACGACACACCUACUCGAUAUUGAAAAUUAUUUAUUACCAAUUUUUGACAAUCUAAGUAUAUGUUUAUCGAGAGUUGAAUCAUUUGAACAUUUAUUAAAGAAAGAAUUUAGACAGGAAUUUUCAGGCAUAGACUUCACGACAGAGCGGAUGAUUCAGUUGAUAUCUGAUAAUGGGGGCAAAGCUACAGAUUCUUUGACAAUGUCAAACUCAUGCAUCAUAACUACCGAGAAAACUGGAAAACGAUAUACUAAAGCAGUAGAAUGGGGAAUCCCAGUGAUUCAUCCCGUCUGGAUAAUAGACUCGGUAUUGAGAUUAGCGGCAUUGCAUUUUCGGGACUAUACGUUAGAUUCAAGGUUGAAUGGAUGUAACGUUUGGGAUGAAUUGUUCAAAUAUAAGACAAAAAAUGACUUAGUUGAUGACAAAAUAGACGAGAAGAGUACUACAGUUGAUACAAGCAAUAAGUCUCUCAAGAAGGACCCAAAAAUAUGGAAUGAAAUCAUGAAUAAGACAAACAAAACGCGUCUGAAGCCAGCAAAAGAUACUACCUGGGAUGAAGUGAUGGAAGAAGAAGAACAUGAGCCGUUGGAUAUUGAAAUAAAUGACUUACCAAAUAAACAUACUGCUACUAAAAAGUCAACUCUUUUCGAGGAUCUUGAUUUUUAUGUGGUGGGGUUUAAUACCCAUGAAACAACAGUAAUGAAUCAAAUUAUCACUUUCCAUAGUGGUACUAUAAACGAAGAUUCAUCAAAUCAGACAAUAACGCAUGUUGUGCUACCAGUGAAGAUUGGAUCGCAAUCGUCAACCUUGUUGAAAAACCUUCCUUUGAAGAGUCGUAUAAAUAAUGGUGAAAUUAAGAUCGUGACCGAAUGGUUCAUAGAGAGAUCAAUUUAUUACAAUACGAUGGUAAUGGACAGAUGGUGUCAGCCAUUGAAAGGUUUAAAACCAUGUACCAAGAAGUUCAAGGUCUGUAUCACUGGAUUCACUGGAAUUGAGUUGCUUCAUUUAGAGAAGUUGAUAAACUUACUAAACUUUGAGUUUUGUCCAUCAUUAACAUCCUCGCGUGAUUUACUAAUAAUUAACAUUAAUCUAUUCAAGUCUACUUUACUAAAGAACUCUCCUAAACUCUACCAAUACAAGGCAAUUGACUUUGUAAAUUGUCCUGUUUACCAAUCAGGUAACUCAUCAGUGUCAUUAAUAUCAUCCAAAAAUAAAAUCAACGCCGCUAAGAACUGGUCAAUUCCUAUUGUAUCUAUAGCUUACAUAUGGGAAAUAUUGGAGAGGUCAACUCCAUCUACUAUACACAAUCUUGUGUUACCGGACAUCUGCGAUCUCCUGUGGUGUCUUUUCGCUCCCAACAACACAGCGAAGCCCAAAACAUUGCUCGAUUACAUCAAGAACUUGAGUAAUGACAGUUUCGAAACUCCUAAGAAGGAUGACAAGGUCAAAUUACCAUCGCCAAGGAAAGGAAAACAAAAGAGAAAAUAUGGACGUUUGGCAGGAAGGGAUUCCCCCGAACCUAUAUCGAAAAAGUUACAGAAAUUAAAUGACAACGAAAAAUCUUCAGAACAGGAGAAUAGCGACAACGAUGUCACCAACAUAGACGAGGACUUGACCCAAGUAGGCUAUCAGGAUACAGAUUCGUUGAAAAAUAAUGAACAGCUCAUUAGAAAAUUGACCGGUCUGAAAUAA